GAAUACAAAUCGAAAAGCUGUUCUUAAUUUUUGAUAAACCAAAAUAAUAUUAUGGAUCAACGCAAGGCAAAGUUAGAUGAAAUAAAUGAAUUUAUAGAAAAUACGAAUAGAAGCAUAGACAAUCUUCUCUCUGACUUAGGCUGGAGUAGAGAAGGUUUACUGGCAAGCCAGAAAGUUCAUAAAUUUGACAAACAAACUUUGUCAUGCACAGGCUAUAAAGCAAUGAGCAGUGGUAAAGACCAAAUUGACGAGCCAUUUCCAGAGUCUUUCCUACCUAAAGAUCAUUCUUGUUCGAUUCAGUUCGGCCUCAGUUCGGCUCAGAAAAAGAACGUCCCGCAAAGUCACAAGGAUUUGAUAACCAAUUUUAGUAGAGAGGAGCGUCUUUCCAUGUAUGAAAACGCAGUUGGAUCGACUCCCAAACAUGAACCACUAGCCGAGCUUCAUCUAAGCUUCAAAAAGCGGGAUAACCACUCGGUGUUGACAUCUUUGGCAGACGUUGCAGCUUACCGACGCGACAUCCGUCGUCGGAAUCAAAAAUAUCGUUUAGCUAAGAAUCCGCUAUCAUAUCAAGAAGAAGUGCGAAAUUUAAUUCAACUUCAGACAGAAGCAUUGGCUGAAUACCUUGGAGAAUCAAAAGAAUGUGCUACUGAUAAUAAGGUUUGUGAAACCAAUGCAAAGUCUGCAUCUAUAAACAGAAAACAGAAAGUAAGAAGCAGAUCAAGAGAACGGAAGAAAAGCAGAUCACAUGAAAGGAAGAGAAGUAGAGAUGAAGAUGACCGCGAAAGACACACAAAGAGGGAACACAAGUAUCGCAAGAGAUCAAAAUCAAGAAGCAGAUCUCACCACAGACAUAAAUCAAAGUCAAAGAAGUCGAAAAGGGAUCGGUCCAAGGAAAGGCUAAAACAUGAAUCGAGACAUUAGAUGAAGAUUGUUACUCACCCCGUGGCAAUGCAAUAAAGCUUGUCUAUUCUGCAACACAAGGAAGGUGAUAAGCACUACUACAAUAAAAAUCCACAGAGUACACUUUCACUAGAUAACAAAA